CUUAAGCACACUUCAGACUUACCUUUCAACAGUUUCUUAAGGGAACUUUCUAUAGUGGGAGUGAUCUUUUAUGAUCUAGUUUUUAUGUUUUGACCUUGUAACAUUGAAGCUGAAGAAUACUUACCGUAAUGCCUCGAACAAGCGCCCCCUUCAAAUAAGAGCCCCCCUCGAAUAAGCGCCCAUCCUUCAACCUUCAGAAACUGGCGCUUAUUUGAAUUUUCAACGAAAACACAAUUGGCAAGCAAUUCAACAAGAAAGAUUAAUGAACAACACAAUUUGCACCCAAAUCUAGUUUUCAAAUAAGCACCCCCCUCGAUUAAGCACCUCCCUCGAAUAAGCGCCCAUCCUAGAGCCUCUUAAAUUAAAUAAGCACCCGGGCGCUUAUUCGAGUCAUUACUGUAUCGAAAAUAUUUGAAUUUUUCUUCGAGAAGCUUUGGGGCCUCGGCUGUAAUCUUGCAUAAAAAGGGCUAUUCAAUGAAGGCUGUGAUGUUAAACAAAAUUAAAAUUUUCAUCACUGAGGUAGAAAUGAUUCUGCUAUUUAUCAUUCGCUCUCUAACAAGCUAAAGGUUGAUAGUGUCAUGUGAAUUCAUCUUGAAGGUCGAUUAAGUGGUUGCUGUGCAUGCUGUGGAGCAUCGAAACCUUGUCAAAAAUAGUAACAGUCACGUGAUUCAUUGUUAUCUUCACAACAGCAACAAAUGAUAUGAAUGAGUUCUACCAAAUGGCUUUAUGCAAGUUGACAAUAAUUUAAGAUGAGAGACAUGUUUGUAGUCAUGCUUUUAGAUGUGUUGGGUUUGCCUGUAAAAUGCUAAUGUUUAUUGAUUGCAUUGAAUUCUCUCAUUACUGAGUUAUUCGGAAGUUUCUGAAAUGCCUUCACAGAGAAUAUUCGAUUUUCGUGGUCUUUAUUUAUAGUUUAGUGAAAUCGUGAACGAUAGUCGUGAAUUCUGGUAUCUUUAAUCCAUUAAUGGUGAAUACAGGCUUGAUAUGAAUGCGCUUUUUAUUACAGGUAUUUUGGGGGAGACUAGGCAAUCCCUUAUUGAAAUUCAAUGUCAUUUACUAAUAAAAGUCAGUACCUACCUAAAGAAUCCGAAUUCACUAUGUAGGUAGCAUUUCUUACGUACUCACUCUGCUAUCAGGUGGCACUUUGGAAUGAGCUAGACUCUCGUGUCUUUAUUACCGACAGAAAAGUUCGCUGAUAGUCUUUGGCGAUAGAUCUGGUACACUGAGUACGGUUCAGCAUUUUGUGACGUAACACACUGGAAAUCCACUUGUCGUGUGUGUGCUGUUUUUAUGGUAAGUAAUACAUAUUUUAAUUAUUUGGACUCCCCUUUAUUACUAUACAUUUGUCCAUCAAAAUUCCUUCUAGAGAUUUUACCCUCUAGGUCAUUAGGGGGUAAAAUCGACGUCUCAGACCCUAGAAUAGCAUAUUGUCUUUUUAUGCCAGAGUUUAGGUUUCUCUAAUACACAAUUAAAUAGUGUUUGUUAUUUUGUGCAUCCUCAAUCGUAUAAGCUAGUUGGCAAUAAACAUCUGAAACAUCAUUUCUAAUAUUGACAAAAUAGAGUGGCUUUCACAGGUAUUACCGGCCACCAAUGAAUAACUUGCUAAAACUUCACAAACAAAAGUUAAAGCUUUCUUUUCACAUCUACUUUGGUAUUUAUUUGACAGCAAUGCCUGGUGAUCUAGUUACGAAUUCUGUUUCGAAUGCUUGCUUUGCGCCAACCAGAUCUGGAGCCUUGUUUGUGUAUUUACUGCUGGUAAUAAAGUGUAUGCCAAAAUGCUUGAGAUACCGUGUAGUAUUGAUGUAUUGCCAUGACUUGCAAUCAGUGUGCACCUAUUUUAGCGAUGCUCGUGCGGCUUUUUUGUAUAUUGUGUGUUUUGCAUACUGAAUUUACUGUUUACAGACAAAUGGUGAAUGCAAGGGAAAUCAGCUGAGCUUGUGAGACGAAAGGGUCUGCUUAACUUCCGAUGAAAAAUUAAAAACCACAAGAAAUUUACAAAGUCGUUCAGUUUGCGCUACUAGAUAAUUAGCUUCUUCAAUUUUACUUCAAGUAUUUCACAAUAUGUCUCGAUAGAAGAUUGAUUUGAAAACAUCGACCUGAGUAGCAAAAGGAAAUGUUUGUUUUCUUUGAUUUUCUCAUGCAUUUGUUUCAUUGGUCAGAUGCCAUUAGCUAAUGUACUAUUAUGUGUGCUACCUCUGCAGAUUGAAUUGAAUACUGGAAGUUUGAUUAAUAAUUCAAAUUUAAACAGGCAAACAUCACAAGUUCGCUAGCAGCAAAGCACAAAGAGAUCCAUGAGCGUCACUUCGAUGAAAACACAAACUAAUUACACAGACAAUUUUGAACAGCCGGAUCUGAAUAAAGAUCAGUCAAUUUGAUUGAAGACUGUUAUCAAGUCUUGUGAUGUAAUUUGUGAGCAAGGAUCUUUCAAAGGCUUAUCGAAGAAAGAAGAAAUUGUUAUUUUAUCUUGGCUGCUGCUGAAUCUGAUAGCAACUAUGUUUUGUUGAUGCAAUUAGCCGGUAAAUGUUGUGCCUAGACGUUUGAACAGUGAGCAUACAUUCGCGUCAGGGAUCAGCAUUGUUCAUCGUGUUUGAAUCUCUUUUAUUAAAUAUAUUCGAGGACUAGCAUUUAAUCCUUCGCGAACUAUCUUUAGAGGCCAGAACUUCAGUGGAAUUAUUUUUAGACACGGAGUCUUGGAAAUAGCAAGUUCCCAACCAUGAUCAUUAAAGCUGUGAAAAUAUUGGUCUUUUUCGUUACAUGGUCAAAGAUCCAACUUUCGGAGUCCUCUGAAUCGUGCACAGAGUGGCAAAAGAACACUCGUCUGGUGGCUUCGGUGUUGGAAACUGGAAAUGUAUAUACAGUAUUGCAGUGCCAGGACAAAUGCUUCCGUAACCAGCUUUGCAACGCGUUCAACUUUUUUAAACAGAAUGCCCCUCUGCCUACCAACAAUUGUGAACUAUUAGGGGUAACAACCGAUGCAAGCAUCACGUCAGAAGACGGAUGGAUCUACAGUAAGAUAAACCGCACAGAAAUUCGAGCGAAGUUUUUUGGAAAUGAUUGCCAGAAACAAUGCGGUGAACGUCAAAAAUGCAACAGGGAGCUUGAUGCUUGCGGCUAUACGCGUUGCGCUUGCAAGGAUGGCUUUCUUGAUGAUGGCAGUGAAACAUGUUCUCUUCGAGCUUGCACCGCACAAGGAUUGUUGAAGGGCAAUAGUGGACGGAUCGAAACCCCAACAACACUGAUUUCUUUUUGUGGAGAUCCAAUGAAACGGUUAAUCCCUGAAUCUUUCACAUGCUAUUAUCAGAUCUUAUUCGAUGAAGUGAAAAACCUUGUUUUGCAUUUCACCGCUUUAAAACUGUUUGGUGGCAUCCCCAGUAACUGUGGUAUAGCAUCACAAUAUUUAGACGUAAACAACAGCACAUACACUAUGAGAAUUUGUGGCGAUUAUGGAAGUAGUCCUGUUGGUAUAAGUACAUCUGGCAUGAAAGUCACAUUGAAAUUCUUCUUCGACCGAUUUACGGAUUCUUGCGUGCAAAUUAUAGGCCAGUACACCGUGAAUUAGAGAGACUGUUUUUUAUGUAUGUUUUAGAUUCUCCAGUCAACUCCACGGUAUCCAUAAAACCUUUCGCAUGAAAACAUUUGAAGUAACAAAUAUUGUAACAUGGUCUGGGCUAGAUGUGGAAGCUAAAAAGGACCAGAUUAAGGUGGGUGCUAUUGGUGUUCCAGCAUUAGGCCCCUUCCUGAAAUAAGCCCAGAUGAAUACAGGCGAGAAUUUUUCUGAAGCUGCAAAGGCAAAAAAUAGGCCUUUUUUGGUUGCAGUAUCAGACUCAAUUCGAGCUUAGCCCGGCACUGCACCUGUUUACACGAGACCUGGACCAGAUCGAAUCCAAAAGUAUCCGGAUCCAUAUCGGAUCCCUGCGGGAUCACCUCUGAUGGAAAUCUCAAAAGUUUUGGGAUAGCAGAUGCAAAAGUAUACGGAUCCACCAGUUCCCGUGUAAACGCAAUUCCAGGAGACCCAAGGUUUUGCCUGCUUUCUUCCAGUCUCCCAAUUUUUUAAGGUUUUCUCCCUGUUUCUUCCGUGUCGUUCAUUGAAGGUACUCUUAUAACAAAAAUGAUUGCAAUGACGUUUUUCGUGACAACAUUUUUGUUAGUGUUAACAAAAGUGCUAAAAACCAUAACGAAGAAGUUUUCUCAUGUAUUUUUUAUCAUUAAUUGUUUAGUUCUAUCAUUUUAUCUAAUAACAGUUCUAUCAUUAUAUCUUGAUUCAACAAAUGCCGUGGAUCUCCUGAUCUGGACCGGAUCUACUCUCGUGUAAACGGGGUCUAAAUAGUUUUUGUUUUCAGUUGCUGGUCGUAAAGCCGCCACUUUUCAGGCUUCUCAACUUCAGCUUUUGGCGUUAUAGUCAUUUCCAGCACCAAGUUUUAUCAAUUCAUUACAUUUAAUAAGACAAUGGCGGAUGGGGCUUCCUCACAUUUUUCAAGGCCAAUUUAAUAUUCAAUUUGCAUUAAUUUAUUUCUUGAUUCUUGAGGGAAGGCAAAAAACCAAAGGGUAUACUGCUUUCCCUUAUUCGGAAUCAUUGUUUGAAUAUAUAAAAUAUUUGAGGGAGGCACUGAGAAAGACACGUCCUAUCAUCGUUUUUAUGUUGUUGCUGCUGGAUUUGGUAUAGUCAAUGUUAUCAGAAGGGUUCUUGUUAAAGAUUCGUUGCUAACAAUGAGCCAUUGCGCUACGCAAGCAUCCCAUAAUGCAUUUUUAGACAGUCUGAAAUCAAUUUUGGCAAAUCCGUAGAAGUUUACUGCCAUUGUUUGGAUCGUCGCCACCCUCGCCAAUUGGGAAGAUAAAGUAAAGAUUAGCUCGACUUUGGAUUUAGGAAGCACAAUUUAUGAUAUAUAAUUAGAAUGGGGUUUUUAAUAAUUCUAUAAUUGUGUUGGCACCAAUGGGUUAUGGGAAGGUAUUUUACCCCGACUAACUUUUGCCAAAAUAUGAUUUCAUUUCAUUUUCAUCAAAAAAUUUAAGCUAUUUUAUAACAAGCAGAAUAUCUAUGGCAGCUAAAAAUAUACAAAAUUUAAUCUUUGCUCAUGUCAUUCUCCAGUCCCCAAACUGUUACUGAUUCAUAACAAUGAACACUUCAUAUUUUGAUAAAAUCUUAUGUCGAUGUUACAAAUAAAUUACAUAAGUUUUAUGCGCAAUGUUAAUUUUUCCCCCAAUAAACUUGGACAGUGUAUCAUAAGACUAAUAAAAGGUGUUCCCUUUAUGUGAAGAAUUAAAAAAUUUACUUUUUUAUCAGGUUCUUUAACAGCAUGUAACAAGAGUAGAUAGAUGCCAGUAUGUAAUUAUAAGUUUAUUAUUUUACCUUACUUCUGCUUUAUUGUUGAAGUCAAGUUAUAAUGAUUAUUCUGCCUAAAAUUUCAAAAUUAGUUGCAUGUUGUUGUUGUUUUCUUUCUAAAAGCACUUAUACCUACUUGUAAGAAACAGUACAUAACAUUCUGAAACAAGCAAGAGGGCUGUAGGCCAAGUCUAGGGCCGUCGCUAGCGGGGGGAGGGGUGCGGGGGUGCGGCACCCCCCGUAGAAAAUUCUUGUCGGCAAAUUUUCUAAAAGAAGAGUUUUGUCGGGUUUUACUUUCGAAGUUCUCAAUGCGAUAGCUUUAGCAAAAAGUUUGGAUAAGAUGAGGGUAAGUCCGAAGAACUAUCACCCAAAAACUCUCAGCAAUUCAGAAUAGGUACAGAUGGCGUUAUGGGUGUCACGGAGGGGCAAAUGUCCACCAAAAAUUUCAAAUGACUCCCUGUCGGCAGCCGGAGUCUAGAAUCAAAUGUCCAAUAUCCAGGGCGACCUAAUUUCUACCUAAAGUUUGGGGACAAAGUUUAUUGAAAAACACUGAACGUUGAUCCUGGAAGUACUGGAAGCCACUGUAAGCAGGGCUGCUGAGGGGAGCAAGGGGGCAAAGUGCCUCUGGGCCUUGAGAUUGAUGGGGCCUCAAGUAGUAAUGAACUCCAUUUCAAGAAAGAAAUCAAUGAAACAUAGAAGAAGUAUGCCUAAAAAUAGUUAGAAGUUUUAAACGAUUGCAAGAAAUGACUGCAAGAAAUAUUCUGAAAUGCAUUUUAAGACAAUCUAAAGGGCGUGGUCGCAAAAAAUUGCUGAUCGUUCCGCUCGCAGGGGCCCCGUUUCUCGGGGUUUCCUUCAAGGCCUUCGAAACCUCUUGGCGGUCCUAUUAGUAAGAUAUACUCAAGCAAACUAAGUACCCACAGUCACUCUAAAAUUGAAGCGAUGAUUGACUAACGAGAACAUACUCUUUGAUAAACAAAAUCAAUUGCGUCAAAAUACCACACCCAAAAAUUGAAAUACCUUGGCCACGCCCUAUUUUAUCGGCAAAUUUGUGACUGGCACCCCCCUAAGUGAAAAUGAUUAGCGACAGCCCUGGCCAAGUCUCUGCUUUAACCAAACCAAGGGGGAGGUAGAGGGGCAAAGGGCCUGGGCCUCUCUCCUAAAAUAGUUUACCUAUUGAGAAAGUUCCUCCUUUCAAGAAAUUCCCUGCAUACAAGUCCCCUUAUAAAAUUGUCAGUUUGUUUUUCCCCUAUUUCAACUUUUUACUUUGAUGUACUGUUGUUGUUGUUUAAUUCCAUAAAUAUACUAGAUACAUAUAUUCUAUACAGGGUGUUAUUUUCCCUGUGACCGCGUGACCAUUGGUCACAAGAAGUUCACAGUCUAAAACUUUUCUCACAGGAAAUUUUCAACCAUAGAUGAAAUAACUGUUUUAUACACUUCGCGAGAAGUUGGGCAGUUUUGAAGGAAAAAAUGCAGGAAAAUAGCUCAUUACACUGAAAAAGAUCAAAACUAUUUUGGCACAGUGAUAUUUGGCUAGGGAAGAUAAAAGGACCAGCUUUCCUUGCAAAAAGUAACAAAUUACUACUUGAUGCUACGAGUGUUUGAGAUAUUUUUCGAAUGCAUGCAAUACAUGAACUACUACACAAAAAGAGCCUACCUCCUAUAUUCAUAUCGUAAUGAAUUCCAUUUUGAGAAUAGAAUUUAAUCAAACGUUGCAAAAGUAUGCCUUAAAAAGUAAAAUGUUUAAAACAAUUGCGCAAGAAAUGGCUGCAAGAGAUAUUCUCAAAUGC